AUGGCGCACAGCGAGAGGGCCGGAUUGGCAAGCGGAUUGGCAGGCUUGAGAAUUGAAACUCACUUUCAUGAGCGGAGCAACUCCAGAUGGGGAAGUGAAAAUAGUGGGAGGAAAGCGACAACAGUGGGCGAUGGUAUCGAGAGCGACUACACCAAACAAUCUCAUGAUUACGCGCGUCGCCGCGAUACUGAUGAAGACCGCAGUUUGUCAAGUGAUCUACACUCAGCGACCCCUCCUAUAUCCGUCCCUCGUCCCGAUGAACAGCGUCACGCAAUCGACAACGACAAUUACCCGCAUAAGCCCGAUGAUGUGCAGGGAUCCCCGCUCGACAGCUAUCUGCAGACUCGUCGACCCUCGAUUUCUUUCAACCCUACGGUCUCCGUGGACUCCGGAAACCAAAUUCCGCUAGAGGAACCACUCUCUACAGGAGAUGUGAAGAACCGUCCACCGCAGAGAUUCGAGUCUCGCAGCUCUGGGCUCCGAAAUGCCCUUUCACAAGACGAUGACCAUGUCGAACUGAACAACGAAUCCCCGAAUUGGAGCCCUAAACGAGCACACGAUCGGGGGUUCCCGACCGGGCAGUCCCGACCCCAGCCCUUUGCGAGGUCUGAGAAUGGCUCGAUUAUGGGCUCAGAACUUGACCGACCAACGUCACUGACGUCGCAGUCGACGGUAUCUCCGGUCACAGACGAGUUGCGCACUCCCCCUGAUGACUCAACCCACACCAUGCUAUCGCCGUUUUAUCUGUCAUCGCCAACUCAAUCUUUCGCAUCGCCUGAAGAGCGUUGCAGCUCCUGGUCUGGGGGUAUCGCAACCCCGUUCGGGAGCAAGCGCAGCUCUACUCUUGAUCGUAGCAGCAGUCUUCGGAACUCUACGCGGCACAGUUCCCGGCGAUCGACUACUUCGAGUGGCAAGUCGCCCGCUAGCAUGUUUCUAUCCAUGUGGGGCAACCGCGAAGAACCUGUCUCCCAGCCAGAUGACGAAGGCCAGAUGGUCGGAGACGACUAUGUCCUCGGAAAGCAAAUCGGGUUUGGAGGGUUCAGCACCGUAAAGGAGGCCUACAAGGCUGAAAAGCAUGGUGAAACCAAGAGACUCGCUGUCAAGAUCGUGAAAAAGCAGGUUACAGGACGAAGUGAGCAAGAAAACGAUGAAGUGCAAGCUGAAUUUGAUCACGAAGUGCGAGUAUGGCGAUACCUUAGCCAUCCGCAUGUAUUGACGCUUGAUGCCGUAUAUGAAACAGAUUACGCCACAUUUUGCUUCACCAAACUUGCUAUUGGUGGUACUCUCUUUGAUCUGGUCCGUCAAAAUCGAUCCGGACUUGAUACGACAUUGGCAAAGAAAUAUACAUAUCAACUCGCCUGUGCGAUCCGUUACUUACACGAAGAUGCCCGCGUGGUUCAUCGAGAUAUCAAGCUUGAGAACUGCCUGCUUGAUCCUGUUGAGGCUGCUGACGGCACAACAUCUUCGAACCUGGUACUGUGCGAUUUCGGAAUGGCGGAAUGGAUGUCAAUGGACAGCGGCGGCGACUCACCCGAUCCCUACGAGGAUGCCGCUGACCGUCCGCCGCCCCAGCAAAUGGGCCCGGCAGGAUCCAGUACCAGUGUUGCGGGUAGUCUGGAAUAUGCAUCUCCUGAACUACUUCAAUCAGUAGACGGUGUCAUUCACCCUGCGGUUGAUGUUUGGGCAUUUGGCGUUAUCGUCUAUACCGUCAUCGUCGGCUCACGGCCAUUCCAAGAUUCGUUUGCCCCUCGCAUCCAAGCGAAUAUCCUCAGUGGUACCUGGGACUGCGAUGCCGUCUCUGGUGAUUAUACGGACGACUACAUUCGCCAAGAUCGCCAGCACGCCCUCGACUUGGUCCGCGGGUGUCUGGAAAUGGAUCCUAACCGGCGUUGGUCUAUCCGUGAUGUAAUAGCAUCACCCUGGCUACGAGAGAUUCACGAGACGACUGAACCCUCUCCUGAUACUGUGUGGAGACUGUGA